AUUACACCCCUCACAUUUCAGCAACAACCUGUGGAGCUCUGGUGAGUUUCAUACUCAGGAGGACCGAGGCAUUGACAACGUACGUAACAAUGGUGUCACACUUCGGACACAGUUUUGACAUGUUCAUCAUUUUACAGUGAAUCUGUUCUUCUAUACAAGCUGCACAUUAGUCAAUGUAAAAUACAGUAAAUUGCCAAAAGUAUUCACACACCAUCCAAAGCACUGAAUUCAGAUGUUUCAUUCACUUCCAUGGUUACAGGUGAAUAAAAUCAUCACCUGCGCAUGCAGACGCUUCUACAAACAUUAGUGAAAGAAUGUGUGGCUCUCAGGAGCUCCGUGAAUUCCAGCGUGGUACCGUGACAGGACGUCACCAGUGCAAUAAGUCCAGUCGUGAAAUUCCCUCACUGCUAAAUAUUCCACAGUCCACCAUUAGUGAUGUUGGAACAAAGAGGAAGCGACUGGGAACGACAGAAACUCAGACACGUAAAACCACAGAGCGGGUCAGCGGAUACUGAGACACGUAGUGCACAGAGGUCACCAACCUUCUGCACAGUCAAUAGCUGCAGACCUCCAAACUUCAUGUGGCCUUCAGAUUAGCUGAAGAACAGUGCGUAGAGCUUCAUGGACUGGGGUUUCAUGGUCGAGCAGCUGCAUCUGAGCUUUACAUCACUAAGUGCAAUGCAAAGCAUCGGAUGGUGUAAAGCACGGGGCCGCUGGACUCCAGAGCAGUGGAGACGUGUUCUCUGGAGUGAUGAAUCACGCUUCACAGUCUGGUGAUCCGAUGGACGAAUCUGGGUUUGGCGGUUUCCAGGAGAACGCUUCUGUCUGACUGCAUUGUGCCAAGUGUAAAGUUUGGUGGUAUGAUGUGGGGAUGUUUUUCACUAAAAAACUCCUAAUGCUUCAGCGUAACGACAUUUUGCUCUCAAAUUUGUGGAAGCAGUUUGGGGACGACUGUUUCUGUUCCAACAUGACUGCACACUAUCUCAUCUUGCACCAUCAUUUUAACUCAAUAUUCCCUUCAUGAUGGGAAACGGAUAAUUUUUUGUUGAGCAUCACGGCUAUUUCCAGAACUGAAAUCACGUCUGGCAAUUCCUUCCUCGUGAUUUAUCUAUGAACCAUCCUUAUUGCUGUUUACUAGACGUUUACUGGCUGCUUGUGUAGUAUGUGCUGACAAGCCAUGAACCGUCAGGGGUGUGUGUGAGUGAGUGUGUUAUGUGUGUGAGAAAGAAUCUUGGAGAAAACAAGCUGAAGUUACAGUUCCUGUCCAUCAGGAGGGUCAAAAAGCCACUCAUCUUCCAAUUCAGUCACUUGAGCUGUGAGGUGAUGGCACCAAAAAUAGUGUAGGAGAGGAUAUAAAGAGCUCCAGCUGGCUGGCCAGACAGCAUACAACCAGAGGUCUUGAAGCUGUGCAGAAUCAUACGACAAGACGAUCCAGAAGCGUGGUCCGAGACAGAUUUUAAAACCGACCUAGAUUUCCUUCAGAAGAUCAUGAAGUACUACCAGUGCCCAGUGGCCCAGAGUGUGACCUAUGAAGGCUGCAACACCAAAGCCGAGGGUCUGGUCACCUGCCUUCCUACCCGCAAGUCUUCAAAAUCGGUUCGCAAUGUCCACUUCCCCAAUGAUGUGGUCUUCCAGGAUUAUGUACGCCACGGAGAGCUCGAGAGGAUCGGGCGCUUUAUCCGGGCCAAGAGGGUGACCCUGGACACCAUGUAUCCUACAGGCAUGGCAGCCAUCCAUGAGGCCGUGCUCUCAGGAAACCUGGAGUGCGUGCAGCUGCUGGUAAAAUACGGCGCCGACAUCAUGCAGAGAGACGAGGAGGGCUGGACACCGCUCCACAUGGCCUGCAGCGACGGAUUCCCACUCAUUGCCAAGUACCUGCUAUCUCUUGGGGCCGACCCCGAGGCCGAGAACGAAAGCGGAGAAAAACCUGCUGACCUCAUCGACACAGACUGCAAAGAGCUGGUGGAGAUGUUCGCCAUCGGAGCAGACUGAACCUGAAGCACGUCUGGUGCAUCAUCGAAUCGGUCCAAUCUUCCCCUACUUUUUCUGAUCAAGAAGGAUGGAUAAAUGGAUAAAUGGAUAGAUGGAUGGAUGAUCGAUGGAUGGAUUGAUGGAUGGAUGGAUGGACGGCUGGAGGAACAACCUGAGCAGACGCCCUGCUUUGCUUUACUCUUCUGGUGACCGUACUGACGUCAGUAAGGGUCUGAGCUUGAAGAAAAGCAGAAGAACUAAGGUGGAACUGAGAUGUGGAACAUUGAAAAGCUUUGAGAAUGCAAAUUGUAUCUGUGUGUCUCAUAUCAGCGUUUUCUCUCCUGUAAACGUACACAUUAACGUUCAGUGCAAACGUGCGCCCCCUGAGGACUUACACGGGGUAGUGCAACAAAUGUAUAAAAGAUUUGGGUUGUGUAAAAUUAUUUUGCUUAACA